CCUCUUCCCGCCAGAUGAUUCACCUCUGCCAGUCUCAUCUCGUGUGUGCUUUGUUAAAUUCCAUGAUCCAGACUCAGCAGUUGUGGCACAGCAUCUGACAAACACUGUAUUCGUUGACAGAGCUUUGAUAGUCGUACCAUAUGCAGAAGGUUUGUGCUUUGUUUAACUAUGUCUCUGGGCAUCCUAAGAUGACCAUCUACCUCAGUGUAGCUGUAGAGUGAGCACUAGAGCAUGAUAAAAUUGAAGUUAUUAACGUUUUGAAACCCUUGUUAUACUGCAGUCAUAAUUUUUAGGUGAAACUUUUUUUAAUUCUAAAAAUAAGCAAUCAGGUCUGUUUUUGUAAGAUAUUUUACUUUUUGCUUUCUUUUAAAAUCUUUUUAAGUUCAUUAAAACCAUGUCCCUAUUUGUAACCCUCAGAGAUACAGCUAUUGGGUUAAUUUGAUGUUAAGCUUUAUGAAGAGUUCUGAAGGUGAAUGAUUCUCUCUGUGUACAUUUACACAUAAACCUUCAAAUAAAUGCAUGAUGUUAUUUCUGUGUAAAAUAAAUGACUAGCUUAGUUUUUAUUUCCUUAGUGCUUCUUGCACUUAUAACUUGAAAUGAAAAAUCCCUCGUUGAGUUCCAGUAUACCAAGGGUUGCAAUGGUUUUUGAUUUUUUUGUUUUGGUUUGGUAUUUAUUUAUUUAUUUAUUUAUUUUAUUUUAUUUAUUUAUUUAUUUUGUGAAAGUGCAAGAUUUCCUAUAGCUUAGGUGCCAGAUGGGCACUGGGUGUUUUGAUUUUAUGCCAGAUUAUCUUGUUCAUUCUUGCUAUAUUUUCUAGAAUAUCUCUAAAUAAUAAAUUCUUCUCUCUGUUAUUUGUGUGUGUGAUUUUUGUAGUGGAGAAGGCAAAUGCAAAACCCUUCCAGAUGACUGAAAAACAGUGGGUCCUCUGCAGCUACAGGGGAUUCUAGACAUUAACUAAAGGCCAGCAAGCGCUCAAGUGCCCCAAGUGUUAUCCUGGUGUAACCAUUUGUUAACUACAUUUUCUCUCUUUUUACAUUUUAGGCUGUUAAAGUAAUUUGACAGAAAAAAAUGAGCAGAUUUUUGGAUCUAAAAAAAGCCACUGUGACAAGACAACACUAUUUUAAUGCCAUUUUGUAAAAUUUUCUAAGGCAUAUUUUAUAACUAGGUUGUUCCCAGUGUACUGUUACUUGAUUUGGUUUUUGGUAACUAAAUUUUGAUCAAAGAAAUCACUGGAAUAUAAAAAUUCUUGAUUUUAAGCUAACAGUUUAUUAACUAUCCUGACCAAGACUUCAAUGCCCUUUCUUUAAUAAACUGGUCAUUGGAAGCAGAACCUUUAUAUUGUUGAUUUUAGACGCUGUCUUGUAUCUUAGAAUGCAAGUGUGAACAUUUACACCAUACCUUACAAAAGAUGUGAAAUGUCUAGUCCUGAAAACAUAGAAAUUACCUCUGGUUUUCUAAAGAAAUGAACUUGCAUUCAUAGAUGGGUUAAGGCAUGCUAUAUAAUAACAGUGCAUCUGUGUCCAUGAUAUUGAAGUGUUUAAGCCCAGUUUUAAGGUUUUGAUUGAUUGAUUGAUAGACCUUGAGUUAGUUUCGUUUAUCUCAGUGUGCCUAUUGUAGGAUAAGACUUAACCACUAACAGAAAACUUACAGAUUUAAAAUUCAGAAUGAGAAAAUAUAGAUGAUAGUUCUUGGAACAAAGGUCAAAUCAUGUGAGUAAUGUGCAAAAUAUUUUAGUUAGCCUUUAAGUUUAAAAAAUUUUUAUUGGCUAAGUAUUAUCAUUCCCAAGCCCUGAACAUAAUACAGUAUAUCAUAUAACUAGCUUUUGUUAAUGUUUUUAGACCAUAGUAAUUCUUUUAUAUAUAAGUUCUGAAAGGGAAGUGUUUAGAAAUAUGUAGAGAAUUAUAGAAAUGUUUGGCUCAGUAAUCUAUUUUGGUGUAUUUAAUUUUCUGGUAUGAUAUGCUGUAUUAAUGUUACCUCCAGUAAGUAACUUGAUGUAUUGAUCCCUUUGUUGCCAUUCACUCCGGUUGUAUCUCUUGCACUUUAAUGGUUGGCUCUUGGUCAGUGUUUUAGAGCAAUAGACACAAAGUGUACGGUAAGGAAUAGUUUUUAAGUAGUAAAACUGAGCCGGAUUUGGAAGGAACUCUUAAUAGUAAUGGAUUUGGGGGUUAUUUAGGUUCCUUGGUUAAUGUUUGUUUCUUUUGUCUGUUUCUUUUUCUUUCAUUUCUACACAUUCAUGCAGUAUUUCAUGGUUCUAUCAAAGCAGCAGUAAAAAAAAUACUCUUGACGCAUGAAAAUUAACUGGUGAGGGGCCUCAUUGCUAUUUUUAAAUUGUAGUUUUAUUUUUUAAAUAGUCCUUUUUUAAUCAGAGGAUCAGAUGCAUGACUUUUUUUUUAAUGGAUGCAGAUCUUCUAUCAGGUGUCUCACAAUAAAUUCAAGAGGAUUUUAGUUUUCCAGAAAUGUUGCAAAUGCACUGAUUUUAGUAAGAUGUUGAUACUUAAUAUAUCCUCUUGAGACAUAAUUUUGCAUGCAAAAUUAUCCCAUAAUCUUUAUAGGUUUGUUAAUAUUGAUGCAUUAAUGCCCUAUAUCUAAGUGAUCUUUUCCCCUCCCCUCCAUGACUCUUGGUAUCUAAAUUGAUGACAGCUCUGACACAAGCAAGAUAACAGUGCUGUGUAGUAUACAUUUGUUUAUAUUAUCGGCACUUCUCAGUUUAGGUGGAAGGAACCAUUACCUUUAUUUAACAGUGGUUUUUCUUUUUUGUUGUUGUGUUUUACAGUUCUUUUCCCUGGUUCAGCCUGAACUAUAUACCAGGCCCUGCUGAAAAUACCACCCAACAGUUUUCUUCUGCAGCUUAUCCAGUUUCUCUUAAGUGCCCUGUACAUAUUGUAUGUUUUAUGAUGAGAUGCAGUUUCUUAAUAUGUAUGACAGAAAUACUACUGGUAUUUGCAAAUAUGUAGUUUAAUUGUAUUAUUGAACUCUCAUUUUGGGGGCUUGGGCACAUUAACAGAUUAAUCCAUCUGUAUAGGGCUUUUGCUGUUGGAUAGAAUUUAAAUUGUCUACAUAAAUAUUUGUCUUAGGACCCUUAGAUUUUAUCUGAAUACACAGAUUAGGCUUUAAAAACAGACAUACAUGUCAAUUUUUUCUUAAGGAGUUUGGCCAAGUUAGCUUUUGAACUGACAUUAUAUAGCAGCACUUUUGGUACGGUUAGCAUGGCACAUGUUGGACCAUAAAGCAUUUUACUGUACAGGUAAGGAAUGUGCCAUGUUGUUUUACCUAUUCUCUCUUUCUCUCUCUCACACACACACAUCCUGUGUGUAUUCAGAGACCUUCAGAAACAUUCAUACUCAUUUUCAUGAGCCAGCAAAAGCCCUACUCUUGAUUCCAACAGAAUAUUUCCUUUACAUACUUUUCUUCUCUUAAUUUUUACAAAAUUUGUGUGGUAGGUGUAAAAGAAAAUCAUAGUAACUGUACCAUAUUAUUAACCCCUAAAUCAAACUUUUUUUGUCUUGUGUAUCUUGAUUUUUCUGUGUGCUUUAUAGUGAAGCAGCCGACACGAGUCGUUGUUCAUAAAACAGCUUUUGAAAGUUGAGAGCACACCCCUGGAGAACCGACUGUGCUUGCUUACGUUUGGUUCAUGACUUAAAAAUCGAGUACAGGAGUUAUUCCUGAUGAGACUAAGGCUUUGUCUCUGUUGGCACCAGCUAAUGCAGUGGCAGGUCUUCUGCCUGGUGGUGGACUCCUGCCUACCCCUAACCCUCUUACCCAGAUUGGCGCUGUUCCUUUGGCUGCUUUGGGAGCUCCUACUCUUGAUCCUGCCCUUGCUGCACUAGGGCUUCCUGGAGCAAACUUGAACUCUCAGUCUCUUGCCGCAGAUCAGUUGCUGAAGCUCAUGAGUACUGUUGAUCCCAAGUUGAAUCAUGUAGCUGCUGGUCUUGUUUCACCAAGUCUGAAAUCUGAUACCUCUAGUAAAGAAAUAGAGGAGGCUAUGAAAAGAGUACGAGAAGCACAGUCCCUGAUUUCUGCUGCUAUAGAACCAGAUAAGAAAGAAGAAAAAAGAAGGCAUUCAAGAUCAAGAUCACGUUCCAGGAGGAGGAGGACUCCUUCAUCUUCUAGGCACAGGCGAUCAAGAAGCAGAUCAAGGAGGCGAUCACAUUCUAAGUCAAGGAGUAGACGACGAUCCAAAAGUCCAAGACGGAGAAGAUCUCAUUCCAGAGAGAGAGGUAGAAGGUCAAGGAGCACAUCAAAAACCAGAGACAAAAAGAAAGAAGACAAAGAAAAAAAACGUUCCAAAACACCACCAAAAAGUUACAGUACAGCCAGACGUUCUAGAAGUGCAAGCAGAGAUAGACGACGACGACGAAGCAGGAGUGGAACAAGAUCUCCUAAAAAACCCAGGUCUCCUAAACGAAAAUUGUCUCGCUCACCAUCCCCUAGGAGACAUAAAAAGGAGAAGAAGAAAGAUAAAGACAAAGAAAGAAGCAGAGACGAAAGGGAACGAUCAACAAGCAAGAAGAAGAAAAGUAAAGAUAAGGAAAAGGAACGGGAAAGAAAAUCAGAGAGUGAUAAAGAUGUAAAACAGGUUACACGGGAUUAUGAUGAAGAGGAACAGGGAUAUGACAGCGAGAAAGAGAAAAAAGAGGAGAAGAAACCAGUUGAAGCUGGUUCACCUAAAACUAAGGAAUGUUCUGUGGAAAAGGGAGCUGGUGAUUCGCUAAGAGAAUCCAAAGUGAAUGGGGAUGACCAUCAUGAAGAAGACAUGGAUAUGAGUGACUGAAUGCUGCCUCUUUGGGACUCCAACUGUGUACAUGCAUCAGUGUCAUUCCUUUGUGUGAUUUCUUAAUGCUGUAUUUGUUCAUCUCAAACCUAGAUGUAUACAGCUGAGUUAUAAAUGGUUAUAAAGCUUCUGACAUUGAUAUUAGUUAUUUACAUCAAAAAGCUUUUAGAAAAAUGGUACAUGGGUAAACAAUUCUUGUCAUGGUGAAAUCUGACUGAGUAAGCAGUUUUACUAUUCUAGUGCUGCUUCUUAAAUACAAAUGAAAAGCUGCAUGCAUCUACAGCAGGCAUGGAUUGUUUAUGUUGUAUGAUCUCCUUUCUUAAGUAAGUUCUCUUAGAGUAUUUCUAGAAUUUGAUUCAUUGCCAUAAUAGAGCCAUGUAGGGAAUGCACUGAUUGCAUGUUACUGUGGCAAGAAUAUCCUAAAUGUCAUUAAAAUCUUCCAACAUGAUGGAUCUACUUAUGGUCUUGUUUGUUGACAUGACAAAUUAACAUUGUUAGAUUACAUCUGGAAAUGAGCAUUUGAGAUAGAUAAUCCUUUGAGCCUUAUGGCUAAAUUUUUGUGGCUUUCGUUUAACUUUGAAAGGUUGUCUGUAUAUGCACUAACCUUUUUUGAUGGCUAAUUAGGCUUUAAUUACAGAAAUAAGAUUUCAAAUAAAACUGUCUUUGGCAGUGAGUAAAUAGCUUAUUUUGAAGUAGAGUUGUAUACUUUUUCAUAAGGUGUUUGGGGAUUUUUUUUUUUUUUCUGAAAUAAUUUAUUCCACGUCUACAUCAGUGAAAGCUCUCCAACUAUUCGGAGUUCAUCUGUAAAAUAAAGUUCUCUCUUGUUCUGAUUUUCAAAGUUUUAAACUCAUUGAUGAAAAAGAGGGUAGUGCAUUUUAAAUUGACCUUCAUAUGCUUUUAAAAUAAGACAAAUCUACUUGAUAAUGUACUUUUUAUUUGAUCUCAAGAUGUAUAAAACCAAUAAAUUUGUGUUAACUAUUACUGCAGUAGUAAUCAUAUGCACACAGUGAUUCCAUGUUAUAUGCAAAGUAGUUAGGCAACUGUUCCUAGUUACAGGAGUUUCAAGCUUCACUUUUGUGCAGCAAAUACAAAAGUAGGCUACAGUCUGUGCCAUGUUGAUGUACAGUUUCUGAAAUUGUUUUACAAGACUUUGAUAAUAAAACCCUUAAACUUAUGUUCAUGUUUCUGUAAAACUAUUUGUAUUUAUUUAUGCAAUUGAAUGUAUGACAGUUACCUCAUUCAUUUUACAAAUUAAGUUCUGUCUGUCUGUUUAAAUACAGUAAGAAGAUGAAAUCCAUCACAUAGUUGAUAGUUGCCAUUAGAAUUGUAAAAAAUAAUUUUUAUCUGAAAUGUCCUUAGCUUAGUGUAAUCUUAAUUUCUCAUUUGGGGUGUGAGACUUGGGUUGGAUAAUGCAGUGAAGUUUAGGUUAUAUAGUAAUCCCACCCUUAUGUAGUAAAUUUAUAUUUUCAGUGAAAUAUAAAUAUUUGCCUUUUCUGGAAUAGUAUAGAAGCUGUCAAUGAUAUGUAUCUACUGUAUAGUACUAAAUAGCAUAUUUAUUCAUUUAUUAAUGAGUAGUGUUUGGGUGACUGGGAAUAAGGAAAAAUGAGACUUGGAAUUGUAGCUUCGUAGCUUUUAUCCAAGUUUUGUGUAAAAAUUGUUUUUUUAAAAAAAACUUUUAAAAUUGAAAUGCCAUAUAGAAAAGCAGCAUUGUUUUUACAGUUUGUAGUAACUUUUAAAAGAUUUUAUCAUAAGGAAUUUUGUCUAUAGUGAGUAUCUAAGAAGUUCUAGGGAUGACCCUAAUAAUCAUUACAUUUUUAAAAACAAAAGUGAAACACAGAUGACACUUGAACUUAGAGACUUUUUUUUUUUACUAAAUGAAAGUUGAACCUUUAAUAGAUGAAGGUUAGCCAUUUUUGAGGAGAAAAAAACAGCAUUGACAGUCUCACAUGGUAAUUCUAAUAUUCAGAAUCUGUUUCCUCACUUUUAAUCUUUGAAUACAAAUAUGCUAACUUUUCUCGAGGGUAAGAAACAUUUUUGGUUUUAAAACAGUGCCACUGACUUAAGAUAGUGUGGUGACAGGAAUCCGUAGUAUUUCUGCAGACAUUUUCUAUACAAAGGUAGUGUUGCACUAAGCCACAAGCCUUUUAAGAGAUAACUAGAUGAAAUCAAGUGAACACUGCCUCCACACUGUUUUGUUCUGUAUUUAGCAGUAAAAAUUAUUAAAAUAAAAGCGGUUUUGUUAGAAAAA